UAUUAUCGUAUGCAACUCGAGUACAAGACGUCACCAAAACUCUCCACCUCCGUCAUUUCAUAUUGUUUAAAAACGAACUGUUUUCGAGUUGGAAUAACUUUCCUAUUCGCUAUGACAGUGACUUUCACACUACCGUUGGAUUGUUCUUUCAACAACUUGUGGACUUGCCAUGCUGAAGGAAUAGAACGUGACCUGGGUAAAGUUGGUGGUGGUGCUGCAAGUUCUGGAAAAACCUCAACAGGGGUUUCUCGGACGGUUACAAGAGGAGUUAACCUGAGUGGAGCAGAUUUCUCGGAACAAGAUUUGAGUGGUGUUAGUUUCCAACAAAGUCUGUUGCGAGAAACCGAUUUUCACGGGGCGAAACUUGUUUCAGCAUCUUUCUUUGGAGCAGAGUUAUCUUAUGCAAAUCUGGAAGAUGCAGAUCUCACUGAAGCCAACUUGGAGUUGGCAAACCUCCGCAGUGCCAAACUUAAGAACGCUGUUUUAAGACGAGCUUACUUUUCGGGCAACACUCGUUUGGAGAACGUUGAUAUUGAUGGUGCUGACUUUUCUGAAGUUAUCCUUAGAAAGGACCAAAAGAAAUAUCUCUGUAACAUUGCCAACGGGACAAAUAGUCAUACUGGUGUUGAGACAAAAACCAGUUUGGGUUGCAACAGCUCAUAAGACAUUUUGAUGGUAUAUUAGUGUUUUAUAAAACUUUAAUUGGAUCC